AGGGGUUCGGAGAGAGGCGGGGACAAGGGCGGUUGGGCUGGUCGUGGUGCGGCCCCAGACACCCGCCCCAGACUCGCUCUGCGCCUCCGGGAGUCCGCCUCGUCUCGCCCCCUCUUCGCGUUCACCUCCGGCUCCCCUUCGCACCCCUCCCAGCCCUCGGGUGUCGUCGCGCGUCCCGCCCGCUGCGCCCAUCGGACCAGCCCAGCGCCCCGCUCCCCUUCGCUCCCUCGGGCGCGCUCUCCAUGGCUCUGCCCCGGGCUCUGGCGCUCGGGCUGCUGCUCGCGGCCACGUUUGCGGCGCUGAGCUCGUCCGUGAAAGCUUGUAUCUGUGAAACCAACAAGUUAACAACAAACUGCACUGAACUAUCAUCUGGGGUGUGCCGAUGUCAGUCUAUUGGCUCGCCAAACAUGGUCACCUGUUCAGAACUGGCUACAAAAUGUUUAGUGAUGAAGGCGGAAAUGACUUCUUCCAAGAGUGGGCGGAGAAAGAAACCAGAAGGAGCUAUUACAGAUAAUGAUGGAAUAUAUGAUCCUGAUUGUGAUGCAUACGGGCGCUUCAAAGCUCGCCAGUGUAAUGGCACUUCUCUUUGUUGGUGUGUGAAUACAGCUGGAGUAAGAAGAACAGAUAAGGAUAGUGAAAUAUCAUGCAGUGAACUAGUAAGAACAUAUUGGAUUGUUAUUGAACUGAAACACAAAACAAGAGAAACACCUUAUGAUAAUACUGCCUUAGAAAAUGCCAUCAAGCAGGAAUUUCAGCAGCGUUAUCAACUGAACCCUAAAUACAUCAAAGGAAUUUUGUAUGAGGAUGAUGUUAUUACUAUUGACCUGAUGCAAAACAGUACCCAGAAAAGCUCUAAUGAGGUGGACAUAGCUGAUGUGGCCUAUUAUUUUGAGAAAGAUGUAAAAGGCGAAUCUCUGUUUUACUCCCGUACGAUGAAUCUUAACGUAAAUGGUGAAACGCUUGAUCUGGAUCCUGCUGGAACUCUAAUCUAUUACCUUGAUGAGAAGCCGCCUGAAUUUUCAAUGCAGGGACUGACAGCUGGUAUCAUUGCUGUCAUUGUCGUCGUCGUUCUGGCACUUAUCGCCGGCGUUGUUGUGCUGGUUAUGUCCAGGAAGAAAAAAAGGAAGACAAAAUAUGAAAAAGCUGAAAUAAAGGAGAUGGGUGAAUUGCACAGAGAACUCUCCACAUAACUACCAAAAUAUGAAGACAAGAAGAAGAAAAAAUAGAUAUUGAUACUGUAUGUGUGGACAUGGGAAAAAAGCCUCGUCAGAUUAAUAUCUUGUUAGGAAUGACUAUAACGUAGGGUUUAAAAAUGCAGAAUGAGUGUAAAUUGUUAAGAAGUGGGAUUUACUCGAUACCCAAGUUAUGAGUAACUUGAAAAUUUUGGCUAUGCCUAUCUAAAAAAGUUGGACCACUACAAAUUAUUCAAAUAUGCAUUUUCUUAGGAAAAAAAAACUAGACUACAUGGGGUUAAGCAAAUGCUUAUAUAACAUCAAAAUUCAUACUUUAAAUAUAUUUCCAUGAUAGGGUUAGAAUUCCAUACUUUCACUUGUAAAUGAAAGCUAGUUUUCAAUAAUGUUUUUUGUUUGUCUUGUACAUAUUUUCGUCUUGAAUUUCCUUAAAGUUUUUUUAUGAACUAUGAAAUAAACAAGUUGUUCAAAA